AACUUUCUUUAAUUUGUAUCUCUAUCCUUUCCAAUGAGUGGGAACGAUACAUCUCGCUCUGUAGGAGCUGGACCAGCUGAUUCUUCAGCAUUUAGAAGACUCUCAAAUCGACCCAAAUAUUCAAAAUUUACUCAACAAGAGCUUCCAGCUUGUAAGCCAAUACUCACUCCAAAAUGGGUGAUCUUAAUAUUCACAAUCGUCACCAUAAUCUUCAUUCCCCUUGGAGUUGCUGCUCUCUUUGCUUCCCGGGAUGUUGUUGAAAUUAUCGAUCAAUAUGAAACAGAAUGUAUACCACAAACCUACAGAGGCAACCAGACUGCUGAGAUCACAUUCAUACAGAGCCAAUUAAACAAAACAUGCAAUAGAACACUAACUGUUCCAAAGGAUAUGAAGCAGCCUAUUUAUGUAUAUUAUGAACUUACUAAUUUCUACCAGAACCAUCGAAGGUAUGUUCAGAGCGUAAACGCUGAACAGCUACUGGAUCCUUCAAAUUCAAAUGUUACAAGCGGCUGUUCACCUGAAGAUAUAGCGAAUGGAUCUCCCAUUGUGCCUUGUGGUCUUAUAGCUUGGAGUUUGUUCAAUGACACUUACAGCUUCUCUCUCAACAACCAGCAAGUGCAGGUGAACAAAUCGGGCAUUUCCUGGCAGAGUGACAGGGAUCACAAGUUUGGUAGCAAUGUGUACCCCAAAAAUUUCCAGAAUGGAACCCUACAAGGCGGUGGAACCCUUAACUCCAACAUACCAUUGAGUGAGCAGGAGGACCUUAUUGUUUGGAUGAGAACUGCUGCCCUUCCAAAUUUUAGGAAGUUAUAUGGGAAGAUAGAGGUGGAUCUCCAAGCAAAUGACAGUAUACAGGUGACACUGGACAACAACUACAACACAUACAGUUUUAACGGAGAGAAGAAACUUGUACUUUCCACCACUAGCUGGCUUGGAGGGAAGAAUGACUUUCUUGGCAUUGCAUAUCUCACAGUUGGAGGGUUGUGCUUCUUUCUAGCCAUGGUCUUCGCUGUUAUAUAUCUGGUCAACCCAAGACGACUUGGAGAUCCUUCAUAUUUGUCAUGGAACAAUACUGGAGGGCGCUAAAAGGACUUUAAUCAGAUGGGUUGCCCAGUUCCCAGACAUGGGUGUAUGUACUAUAUUGUGUAUUGAGAAAUCUAAAUGACUAUAUAAAGUAUGGGUUGGGUUGCUUACUUCAUAUGAAGCAAAGCAUUCUUCGUCAUUGGGAGUUUGAAUUUUGUGAGAGCUAGACACAUACAUAUGCUUGUAUAAUUUCAAAAAAAAAAAAAAAAAAAAAAGUAUAUAACA